UUUAGAUGAAAUCCAUAGCCAAAUAAGGUUGUCUGGUAUCUGUGGUUUUGCAUGCUCCAAAUAGUUCCAAUAAAGUAAAAGAUAUUUCGCAACUGAGAUCGCCUUACAGCCAUUCAAAAAUCUACAGCUGAAACAAGAAUCUCUCUUCAGAAAUUCAACAAUGGCGUGUGGUUUCAUGAAUCACCACCAUUGCCAUUACCUCUUCUCUGUUCAGGCGAAUUACUGCUUCACCUCCAACAAUUGUUCCCUAAAUUCCAGCGUUUCGCCCUCCAAGUGUUUGAUGAAAUACCCCAAUGGAUAUAAUAAUCCAACUCGAUUCCGAACAACACCGAAAGCAUCAGCUGAUGAAAACCCCAGCACCGCAGGCAAGAAAACCAAGUCUCGGGUUUCAAGUGAUAGGGAGCUUAAUCCCCUCUCCGUUCUGCAUCGUCUGAGAGAGGAAUUUAAACCGGGUGGACUUGGGAUGGACAUUCUUUCGAUUGCACUGCCAGCAGCUCUGGCUCUGGCCGCUGACCCGAUUACUUCACUUAUCGAUACGGGAUUCGUUGGUCAUUUAGGAUCUGCUGAGCUGGCAGCAGUUGGUGUAUCUGGUGCUGUUUUCAACCUUGUUUCUAAAUUAUUUAAUGUACCUCUGCUCAAUAUUACUACAUCCUUUGUUGCGGAAGAGCAGUCAUUGGCUGUAAAGCAAACUGCCAAAGAUCAGAAGAGCAAGAUAUUCCUUCCUUCAGUAUCAAAUGCUAUAGUGCUGGCUUUAGUCCUUGGCAUUUUAGAAGCUGUUGCACUUUCCACAGGCUCCAGUUUUUUAAUGAAUACGAUGGGUAUACCUGUUGAUUCACCGAUGCGCAUGCCAGCUGAACAAUUUCUUACGCUGAGGGCCUUUGGUGCUCCACCAAUUGUGGUAGCACUCGCUGCUCAAGGAACUUUUCGUGGAUUUAAGGAUACAAAGACACCCUUAUAUGCCGUCGGAGCUGGCAACUUAGUUAAUGCAAUACUGGACCCAAUAUUGAUAUUUUCCUUUGGUCUUGGCAUUGGUGGUGCUGCCAUUGCUACUGUGAUUUCUGAGUACUUAACUGCUAUAAUUCUUGUAUGGAAGUUGAACGAUGAAGUACUGCUUAUUGCUCCAAGUAUCGGCGGCAAGAGGGUUGUCCAGUAUCUUAAAUCCGGUGCCCUUUUAACUGGGAGAACUAUAGCAGUUAUUACAACCACAACACUAGCUACAUCUAUGGCAGCAAAAGGGGGCCCCACACAAAUGGCUGGUUACCAGAUAUGUUUCGAAAUCUGGUUGGCUUUGUCUUUGCUAAAUGAUGCUUUAGCCCUUGCUGGUCAGACUCUCCUUGCUAGUGACUACUCUCAAGGGAACUAUGAUCUGGCGCGCCAGGUGACUUACAAAGUGCUACAGGUUGGUUUAAUAAUGGGAGUAGCUUUGGCUGUAAUUUUGUUCCUUGGAUUUGGUGCAUUGUCCAGCUUAUUUAGCACAGACUCCGAAGUUCUGGAAAUCGCCAGAUCUGGAACCUUGUUCGUUGCCGGAUCUCAGCCAAUGAAUGCUAUUGCGUUCGUUCUUGAUGGGCUAUAUUAUGGUGUUUCAGACUUCGGAUUUGCUGCAUAUUCCAUGGUACUCGUUGGAUUUAUCUCGUCUGCCUUCAUAGUGUUAACUGCCCCUACGUUUGGUGUUGCUGGUGUAUGGGGUGGCCUGUUUCUCUUUAUGACAUUGCGAGUGUUGGCUGGAUUCUUGAGGCUAAGCAGCAGAAGUGGACCAUGGAAAUUGCUCAAUCCCGAUCCCGAAGAGGAAAAUUCUUAAGCUCUACAGAAUUAUUCAGAAAUCCGGCUGCAUUCGCAUGAUCUCUAUCAAUACCGAGUUUAUGCAGAAGAAUCUACAGUCAGUUGUUGAGCCAGGGGUCGACUAUUGAACAUAUAUAUAUUCACGAGAACUUUUUUUGUGCGAAAACUGAAGCUGCAUUUUGAUGGCAAAUCAAUUCAGAUAUAAUCAUGGAAACGAAGAUAAGGUCAGGUGGUUCGUUCAUCGAGGCAGGAUAUAUCUCUAUUACCGGCUUCACAAUCACUGCCAUUCAUCGUUGAUCUCAACUGUAGUAUAGUAAAUACAACAGACAAUUGUCUUGCAGAUUUAUAUACUGUAAUGCAGAAAUUAUUUAAAAAGGGAAAUAACAACGGCAUACCAAAAACUGCA